AUCCGAUGAGCAAAAUAUUGCCGCCUGCACAGGGUGCUCGUUUGACGAUUUUGAUUAAACUCUUUUCUUUAAUUUCCUCAGUGUGGCUGCACUAUUUUUUGACACUUUAUCUCUAUUUCUUCAAUUGACUGCACAGUUUUAGCUAUGGCAUUUGCGGACAUCACUGCUAAGCACUUCGAAACGUCUUUAAAAUCUGAAGUGGUUCGUGAAGUUGCCAAAUUUGGACUGUCUGAAGAAGGCACAAAAAUUUCGGACGAUGCCGCCGUGGUGCUCGCUGAAUAUGCCAGGAUUCUCACGGUGGAGGCAGCAUUGAGGGCCGCCCAGCACUCAAACCGUUCGAAGACUACCCAGCAAGUCGACGUCGAGGACGUGGAAAAGGCAGUCAUUCAAUUAAUGCUGGAUUUUUGAGUCAGCCAAAAUGUCACUGUUCCGCUGCCAAACGGCGUGGAACCAAAACUUUGGGGAUGGUGAAGACCAGUGUGGACAAAAUUGCCUAAUUGUUUGUUCUGAUCUCACCAAUGGCAGUAAUCAGGAAAUUAUAAUAGUUGGAAGCUACUUGGGGAUGCUCAGGAUUUUCCGCCCUUCCAUUGGUGCCUCCGGAACUUCUCAGCCUUCAGACCUCAUUUUGGAAAAGCAAUUGGGAUAUCCGGCUUUGGCUCUAGCAAGUGCCAUACUGCGGAGUGGAAUGAGGAACCAGCAAUUAGCAGUGAUGUCCACGCAGUGCGUCGCCGUCUUCAACAUCAUCAUUUCUUUAUCAAAUUCUGACCUAGCUGUCACGUGCAAGCUGGAGUUUUGUUUCGAGCGCCCUGUAUCUGAGUCUCUUGGCGUCUGUUGGCAAAUUAUCGUCGGGAAAUUUGGCGGUGGUGACGAAGCCAGAAGCGGGCUAUCGUCCAUAGGAAUCGUCACGUCAGGAGGCGCGUUGGUGAUUUUUGAAAGGGAGGCGAGGGAGCCUCUGGUAAUAAAACUGUUCUCUGCCGAAUCGUCGCCGUUGCUGGGCUCAACAGUGGCGUACAGCAGCAUGAGGGACAGCUUCAUCGUCGUCUCUCCAUCGUGGGAAAUGCAAAUUCACAAGUACAGUAGCCUGGUAAAAACAGCACGAGACCCUUCAAAGAGGCAGCCAGACUGGUCAGUGAUUCUGGCGGACCCUGUGAUAGAUCUGCAGGUGGUAAGCCAGCUGAACGAGGGACCUGGCAUUCUGGUUGCUGGACAGAGGUCUCUCACCUUGUGGCAGUGGUCCGGCAUCAUCAAGUUUAGUCGCAGGCUGCCCUUUUCACCCCUUUGCAUGACGCACCACUUCGCUGAGGAGUGUCUGAUGGUGCUGGUGGCGUGUGAAACCCUUUUGCUGUACCGGGACGGUCAGCUCUGUUGGUCCAGCCAACUGCCGUGUCCUGUUGUCAACUUGUCUCUGAUCAGAUUUCAGGGCGUGCCAGGUCAUCUGGUGAUGCUCUCAGACUCGAUGGAGCUGCAAAUUUGCUACCUGGGAACAGAGCCAGCUAUGUUUGGCACUCCGACGCAGAAGGAGGGUGUCCGCACCAACUUGACAAUCGAGCAGAUGACCGAGGAGCUGAACCGAAUCAACGCCAAGCUGCAAGCAGUCACGACAGCUGCGCCGCCCAGUCAGGGGGACCUGAAAGUGUCGUUGAUGAUGGGGCAGCGGGCGACGCGGGGCGUCAUCAGGUUGAGCGUGGUGGCGCCGAUCUCGCUGCUCAGCCUGUCCGUGAUGGCGUGCAAGCCGAUCGAGGCCAGUCCGAAGGGCGUCAGCAUAAGCAGCUUAUGCGAUUCGGUGGAAAUCCCUUUGACGUUCACAAUUAGUUCCGACAGCGCGCCUCCGACCAGCAUGGACGUGAAUAUUUGCGCUAGUUAUGCACAGGCGGAUGGAACGCCGCAAAUUAUUCAAACGGUGGCAACCACGCUGCCGCUGUCGAUGCUGCUGCACCCGGCCAGGCAGCCACCCGACGACAACGAUGAGCAGUACAAACUGAAUUUCACAUUCCUCGGACCGUACAAUGACACCGUCAGAGCUUACAUACCUGGGAUGCAGUCGGGCGGCGGCACGGCGCACUUCUCGGGUUCCUUCGGCAAGAUGACGGUUGAGUGCGCGCCGGGCUAUCCGUCCAAGUGUUCCCUGCAAUCGAACAGCGUGGCCCUGCUGUGUCUGGUUGGCAGCAGCGUCCUCGGCAACGCUGGCCUGCUGCCAAGCGUGCCCAAGUCCAAGGAGCCGCUCGAGUGGAUGCUCGGCCUGAUUGAUGUCCUCUUCGAGAAGCGCAGGCACCGCGACAGCUCCAUGGAGGAGCUGAAGAGCAAAACCUACUGGGCCAGACAGGUGCAGUUCAGCCUGCUCAGCCGAUACAGGGACCAGACCGCCUCUGUGCUCAAUGGAAUGGACACGCUACUCAUGCAGGCCUUCCAAGACAUUAAUCACCUGGCCAAUAUGCUCGUCAAAAUAAACACGGAGCUGGAGAGAGUGGAACGUCAGCUGGGCUGUGCAAUAAAACUGUGUUGUCAGUUGGUGGCUGUGUCGACGGCGGCAAAUGCUGCGAAAAGCGAGUUGCUGGAAGCAAUAGAGGCCUCGGUGAGCUCGUCUUUCAUCCACAAGAACUGGGUGGAGCACACGACCUCAGCUCUAGAGCAUGUAAUGCAAACCCUUUGGAGCUCCCCUGGCGGUUCAACAGGAAUCCAAAGAGGUCCCGCCGUGGCAGCGAAAGAAUUGCAGCCGGCUAAACUUAAAUCAAUACUCGCCCAAAUGUUUGCCGUCCUCUAACAAUAAUCUCAUUUUUGUGUGUCCUGCAACGUGCCUAAAAAUCAGCUGGUCUUAGAUUAUGACUUGUCACUGCAGAAAAAAAUAAUUGACUGAAAUUCAGGGUUGCAUUUUCUUCACCGCUGGUUUCUUGAUAAAUAAAUGUUAUAGCUAAGGUUGCAGUGGUUGACUUUAUUUAUUUAUGCAAUUUUGAACGAAAUAAAUGUUCUGCUGUGUUUCCAAAUGGUAAAUACAAACAAAAUUCCUGAUAUAUUCAUAGAAAAUAGUAUUCUUUACAUCCUUUGCAAGAAAUUAGAGAGUAAUAUACAAAAAAUCUAAUUUAUCAGUUUUUAAUUUAUGCUGAUUUUGCAACCCUGCUGAAAUAAGCACUGAUUGUGAAUUCGAUUUGGACUGUUUGCGGUGAAAUAAAUGGUGUGAUAUAAAACUCUUGACUUU